AUGGGUAAAGGUAGUAAAAAUUUGGAUGAUGAUCAACAACAAGAAUCAUCUGUAAUGACAACAUCAAGUUCAGUGAUAAAUGAAAAUGGAAAUGGAAAAGGACAAUACACAUGGGAAGAGAUUCGUCGUCAUUCAAAUAAAAAAGAUCGAUGGCUUGUUAUUAAUAACCGAGUUUACGAUGUUACAAAAUGGGUAAAACAUCCAGGUGGCCAAAUGGUUCUUAAUCAUUAUGCCGGCCAAGAUGCAACUGAAGCAUUCCAAGCUUUUCAUCCAGAGAUAACGCGUGUUCAAAAAUAUCUUAAACCAUUUUACAUUGGUGAUGUAUGCAAAGAUGAUGAGGAUAAUACUGAUGAUGAUCAAGCAUUACGAGAUGAUUUCGAAAAAUUAAAACAAAAGGCAAUUGCGCAAAAACUCUUUACACCAAGCCGUUUAUUUUUUAUUCUUGCAUGUUUACAUAUAUUAGCAUUUGAAUAUGCUGCCUAUUUUGUUGUUUUUCGAUUUGGUACAGGUUGGUUACCUUACCUAGCUGCAAUUGUAUUUUAUGUCAUUGCUGAAGCACAAUGUGGUUGGAUUCAACAUGAUUUCGGACAUUUAUCGGUUUUUAAAAAGAGUAAAUGGAAUCAUUUAUUACAUCAAAUAUUUAUCGGUUUUACAAAAGGAGCAAGUGCAGAUUGGUGGAAUCAUAUGCAUUUUCAACAUCAUUCAAAACCAAAUGUAAUUGAUAAAGAUCCAGAUACACGUAUUGAACCAGCGUUUGUCAUUGGUGAUAAAAUUCCAAUAAGAGCCGCACACCGUGAUGUUAAAUAUGGCAAAAGUUUUCCAUAUCAUCUUCAAUAUUUAUAUUUCUUCCUUGCUGCACCAUUAUUAUUUCCUCUCUAUUUUCAAUUCACGACAAUACGACAUGCAAUAAAACGACGAAAAUGGAUGGAUGUGUUUUGGUUAAGCUUAUUUUACAUCAAAUUCUUUACAUUAAUGCCAUUAGUAUUUGGUUUAUUCGGCGCAAUUAAAUUACUUUUUAUUAUUCGUCUUUUCGAAGGUACUUGGUUUGUUGUUGUUACUCAAUCGAAUCAUGUCGUUAUGGAUGUAUCACAUGAUGAUGAAAAAUCAAGUUGGUUUCGAAUGCAAUUAAAAGCAACUUGCAAUAUUGAUCAAUCCUAUUUUAAUGAUUGGUUUACUGGCCAUUUAAAUUUUCAAAUCGAACAUCAUCUUUUUCCAAUGAUGCCUCGUCAUAAUCUGUAUAAACUUAAAGCCGAUGUAAUGGAUAUAUGUCGUAAACAUAAUAUACGUUAUAUUUCAAAACCAAUGGGACAAGCAUUUGUGGAUAUUUUAACUUCUUUGGAAAAAUCUGGUCGUAUGUGGCGUGAAACUUAUGAAGAAUUAAUGCAUGCGUCUAAAACAAUAAAUUAA